AUGGACCCACGCGCCGGCACUCCCCUCACCCCAUCCUACAGCCGCGAACCCUCCAGCGUCGGCGCCGCCGCCGCCGCCGCAAACCCUAGUGCUGGGAGCGUUGGCCGCGCCUCCGCCGGAGCUCCUCCGAGCAUCGGCCUCGCGCGCCCCCUCUUCAUGCCGUCGCGGAUGACCUCGGCAGCUGGUGGCGUCGCGCAGGCGCCCGCCGUGAUGAAGAACAAGGCGGCGGACGACUCCGGCACCUCCAAGUUCCCAAAUGCGCCGCGACCGAAGAAGGAGAAGGGGAAGAUCAAGAAAGGAAGGCCAUUUUCCUUGCCUCAUUGCUAUGAAGCAUUGAAGGAUGAUGAGAAAUGGAAAAAGCGUGAGGAUAUUGAUGAUUUGGAUUUGAGCAAAAAACGCAAGCGAACAAUUGAUUUGGAAGAUGAUGAUGAGGAUGAUGCAUCAAGUGAAGAUGGCAAGAGAAGCCCCACCCCAAACUCGGUUUCAUACUCGAAGCCAAAACAAUCGGAUGGCACGAAAAAGGACAAAGAAAAGAAGAAGAGGAAAGGAGACGAUGAGAUCAAAAAUGCUAUGGAAGCAAUUGUCAAUGCAAGAAGAGAAGCCAAGGAGGUGAGGAAAAUGCCAAGGAACCAAGAUGUCGCGGCCGAGGAGAGGAGGUUGGCGGCCGAGGAGAGGAGGGUGGCCGCCUAGGAGAGGAAAGUGGCAUUGGAGGAGAGGAAGAUGACCAUGGAGGAGCGAGCUAAGUUAUUGGAAUGGGAGAAGCACUUG